AAACUCACUCGAUCGAAAUGAUAAAAAAUUCUUCCUGCAACUGAAUGGUCAUUGGUUCGAAUUUGUAUAUACCCCUACUCGGAAAUUUUUUCUCCAAACCUAAGGGGUGUGCAAAGCACCCCUCCUCUCCAAGUGGCUCCGCCACUCGUUUCCUACCCUGGUUCAUAGACAUGUAAAUGUUCUAGAGUGGAUGUAUUAUUGUAGGGAUGGGACAAAGUUCAAUCGUUUUCCGGGAACAAAACUUCAAUCGUUGUCAAUCGCAAUUCGCAAACCGUUUCUUUCCUUUCCUACCAUCUCCAGGCAACUUGGCAAAGUAUCUCCAGCUUAAUAGCUGAUCAUAUCGGACUCAGUCCAAGUCAACGGCCGGCGAGAUGGACGUUCCACUACAAACGUCGAUUCCACCGCCGGCCGGGCCAAGGGGCCACGAGGGCCAGCAUAGCAAAACCCAAAAUGGGCUUGGGCACAUUGGCUGAUGUGCGUAGACAAAUUAUUGGGCCUGUUUUUUUCGCCCAUAAAUCUCCCGCCAUUACGGCCCACGUCUUCCUUCUUUCCACUCUUCUCCCCAGUCCUUUAAGCUCCGGCGCCGCAGCCAUCCUUAGCCGGUUGGUUUAUUCCGUAACGUAACUCAAGGUCUGCCUCCCAUUUUGUUCUUUUCGCCGGGAACUUCAUGGCGGAAGAAAACGGGAGCUGCACAGUACUUCUUCAGCUGUCCGAAAAUGAUCCCUUUUUCGACAAAAAGAAGCAAAUUUUGCACGAUAGGGGAUUUGGCAUUAGAGAACGGCUAAACCUUCAAUAUUCUUCUUCUUGUCCCGACUCAGUUGCUGCUAAUUUGGAGAAGCUGCUCCAAGUAGCAAGAAUCAUACACUUAGACGAGGUUGAGCUUUACUUCAAUGACUUCGAUGGAAGUAGACAAGUGGAAUUCUGCAGUACCAGGAACGAAGUGGAGGCUCUCAAUUCAAUCCUUUCCCUCAUUUACCAUACAACCUUUAAAGAUCAAGCCUUUAGAGAUGCAAUCAACGAUAAGAUAACACGGCAGUGCGGAGUGAAGAGCUUAGAGUCCAGAACCGGUAGAAACUAUGAGGGUGUUACUAAAGAAAACCAGUUGGUUGAAUGGGGUGUUAGCCAUGGUGUGAAGACAAGCUUGGAGAUAGCAUUGAUUGAAGGAGCUGGGAGAGGAGCCAUAGCGAAAAAGGAUCUUGGAAUUGGAGACAUUGCGUUGGAGAUUCCUGUCUCUCUCAUUAUAUCUGAGGAACUUGUUCGCCAAUCUGACAUGUUUAAAAUACUCGAGAGCAUGGAGGGGAUUUCUGUCGAGACUAUGAUGUUGCUGUGGAGCUUGAAAGAAAGGCAUGACUGCAACUCAAAAUUCAGGGUUUACUUGGAUACAUUGCCAAAAGAGUUCAACACAGGACUGAGCUUUGGAGUCGAUGCAAUGAUGGCUUUGGAUGGCACCACUUUGUUUGAAGAGAUAAUGCAAGCGAAAGAGCACUUGCGUGUUCAAUACGAGGAGCUGGUCCCUGCUCUAUGCAACAACAAUCCUGACACAUUUCCCUCCGAGCAUUAUACGUGGGAGAAUUUCUUAUGGGCUUGCGAAUUGUGGUACUCCAACAGUAUGAAGAUCAUGUUUGCUGAUGGCAAGUUGAGGACUUGCUUGAUACCGAUUGCCGGCUUUCUCAAUCACUCACUGUAUCCACACAUUACUCACUAUGGUAAAGUAGAUUGCGCAACAAAUACAUUGAAGUUCCCGUUGUUGAGACCUUGUUUGGCUGGAGAGCAAUGCUGCCUCAGUUAUGGGAAUUUGUCGAGCUCGCAUUUGAUCACAUUCUAUGGCUUCUCACCACUAGGAGACAAUCCUUAUGAUGUGAUCCCAAUAGAUAUCGACGUGGGUGAGGCUGAUUGUUCCAAUGAUUCCCCAUGGACCACUCACAUGGUGCGAGGCACCUGGUUCUCAAAGAACCAUGGCAUCUUCCACUACGGCUUGCCAACUCCAUUGCUAGAUUACUUGAGAAAGGCUCGUGAUCACAUGCCUAACACCACGGCAAUUACAAAGGAAGACAUGGCAGUGGAAAUUGAGGUCCUUGAAGACCUCAUCUCCACCUUCAACAGCAUGAUGGAUAAUCUAGGCGACACAACCUCAGAUUACAGUUGGGACGUCAAGCUGGCUGUCGAGUUCAAAGAUAGACAAAGGAGGAUGAUAUCCUCGAUUCUUUCGUCGUGUGAUGAUGGCAUCAAGCUGCUGCAAACUCAUCUGCAGAAGUGCACGAGCUAGGCUGAGUGACCUUUAGUUUGAAGGAAGAAUGUACUGAUACUCUCCAGAGUUUUGCAUGCUUUGUGAAAUCGUUUUUGAACCGAUGGGGUUAAGGGGUCAAGGUAUUAUAACAAAAUCAUGAAAAAUCGUGUGGUUUGGCCUUUUGGGUUGGUUAUGUCCCUUGUAUUUGGUUCAACUAUUAUGACCGAUCAAUGCAAAAUGGUAUCACAAAUAGAAGAGUUUUCUCUCG